AUGACUGAUAAAAGACCGCGGGCUCCUGAUGGCAUCAUCAACCCAACGCUGAUCGAAAAUUGGCCACCCGAGCCCGUGACCGAAGCGCAUUUCGAAGAGUGGCUGACAAAGACGAGGGAAGCCUUGCUGGCAUGGCUUACACAAUCUGCACUGGUCGAUCAAGACGCGACAACGAAAGAGAAUAUCAACAAACACUAUAAGAAAGCGAAGCAGACAUGGGAAGACUUGAUAGCGCCCAUGGCGUUUGAUGAGCGCGGAGACGCAAUCAACAAAGAGGAUAAAGAUCUGAUAGUGAAGAAACGCACUCCUGCGAAAGCCGCCAGCACAAGGGUACAUAAGCCAGCCCAAACGUGGAGGAAGUUCAUUGAACAUAGAUAUGCGCAAGCAUCUUGGGAAGAUUAUCUUUAUUACCAAAACGUGUGGAAUAGAAGACACCUGGAGGCGAACAAAUAUUAUGUGGAGACAGCCGCCGAGAAACUCGCGGUAGCAGCGAGAAAAGAACCCCGAAAAGCAGCGACGACAGACAACGAUGACAGCGAAGAUAAGGUCUUACCUUUCAAAGCGGAUGGGCUCAACGAAGGCAACCCCAGGAACGGAACCCCAGGUCAGCUGGAAAUAAAAGCAAUGAGCGACGAUAGAGAAGGCGCGUUCUACCAUCCCUAUAUGGCGUGGCGGAAUCAUAUGAUCCGGCUUUAUAAAACCUUCAAGCUAGCCUAUCGUAAACGUGCGCCCGCUAUCAUUGAACCUGAUGUCGCGCAUCGAUACAGCCAACCACCCCGCGGCACGAUGCCGCAGCAUCUCUCCCGCUUUCGGAGGCGACACAAGCAUCUUGAAGAGCGCUUUCCACGGAGAAGAAGGCAGAUGGUCGACGUGAGAGAGGUAGAAGAGGACUAUUGUCCGGACAUCAAGCGGCAAAAGGAUAACGAGCUUGAAAGGAAAGGAGAAAUGGUGUCUAUCACAUGGCGCAUCAACGAAGACGCCUAUCAACGCAAGAAAACUGCGACUGAUACCAACUCUGGAUUCAGCAAUAACCCUCUUACUCUAGAGUUGCUACCACAAGUCCAUAUAACGCACCAUGGAAGCACUGAGACGAGCUUCAACUGGCCGACUUCCUUCGACUCGCCUGCUUGGGGGACUACAAGGUCUGUGACCCUCAUUCGAAGAGACUACCACUACGAAAGGGUUCCAGAUAACAAUCCCGAAGACGACGACAACAACAAUGACGAUAACAAUAACGACGAUAACAACGACGCUAAUCAGCCAAAAAGCAAGUCAACACCUUACAAAACCGACAAGUCCGGAAAUCGAAUAAAAAAACUCGACGCAACUCCCCGCUACGAGAAAGAGGAACGCACAGAGCAAGAAAACAUCUUCAUCUACGACCGCCUGCCAAACGGCGAAGUAGCCGGUCGCGAUCGCCAUGGUAAAUGGAAAGGACAAUACAAGAUGAUCAACGUCCAUAAUGAGCAUCCCGCUCUCGACGAAGCCGGCAACCGCAUUCUCCUACCGCGACGCUACAUGACGAGGAACAAAUUCAAGAUCCAGCUCGAAGCUAGGGGUAGUGUCAGGAUGACGCGGUCUCAGAGACAUGUCGAUCGAGGUAUCACAGAUCAGCUCUCUGAGGAUGAAGACGAGGGCCGUGUAGACUCGAAUAAGAAUUUCUCGAGGUCGGGGAAUGUCAAUCCUGAUCUGUUGGGAAAUCCUUGGGCGGACAAUAUCGAUAGCGACGGAGAAGGAGAAGGGGGAGAAGGAGUUGAUCAUCCUGGUGAUAGCGAUGACGACGAGAGUGGCGAUGAGGGCGAUUUGUUUGCAGAGUCGUAUAGAGAGGGCUCGGAGAGUCCUGCGACGAAACGAGCGCGAUUGUUGUUAGAGGAUAUACGGGAAAAGUUUGGCAUACUUGAGAGCUUCUCUAUCGAGGAGGUCAUGGAAUUGCAAAGAGAUGAUGGGGAGUUCUUGGCUUGCACAGAUGAAGAGAUUAUGGAUUGGUAUAAGAGAGGAGUGGAGAUGUUGUAG